UUUGUGCUCACACUGUGUAGCAGCUCAGCUGUCCGGUGGAAACGGGGUCUUGGUGUGGGUUGGACCGGUUCUCUGACCAUCAUAACACCGCAGGUCACAGCAGGACACAGGAGCCACAGGGACACAGUGAGGUCGGUGUCAGCUUUGACACUCUCUUUCGCUCUUAUAUCACUUGUAUUUACUUGUUAAAGGUGUGUUGCUAAGCUAGCUUGAAAAGACACACAAGAGUUGCCACCCUUUAAAGGCUAAAGAAACUAAUGACGCUUACUAUUUGUCGAGACGGGAGAUACUAAACUUGACAUGAAGUUCCUGUAAAUUAAGAGAAAGCGUUUUAAAGUGGGUGUGUAUGUGUCCUGAGCUGUUUCUCACAACUUUCCAUCUGGGUCAAAGUUCACUAGCACAUAUUAGCGUAGAAAUGUAAGCUGCUGUGAAAUAUACGUCGAGUUUCGGUGGUAUUUUAGACAGAAGAAGCUAAAACUGAGGAGGUUUCUGUGAGACAAAUGACGGACCUCAUCCUCACUGAAGGAUUGAGCAGACUGCUUAAGUGGGCAGCUGUGGUUCAGUCUUAGUUUUGCUCUACCAUGUCCUUCAGAAACUUGACACUAAUCCAAUGAAAGCCAACACAGAGCUUUUUGUUGUAAUACAUCAAGUGAAGUUGUGUUUGCUGCUGUAACUCUGUCACACAAAGAGACCCCUUCAAGUUUUAAGUUCUCAUGAGACUAUAACUCUGAGUUUAUAACUAUUUUAAUCCAAGAAAUGUGGUUUCCCCAAUUCAAUUUCAUAGGAAUUGUAGAUGCAUAGCUCAUUUUAAUAUUUCGUUUAAGUUUUUCUGUCUAAUCUUUUUGGCCUCUGACAUUCAAGUUAGGACCUCUUGCAGGUUCUUGACCCCUGGCUUUAGUGUAUGAAAAUCUGGGUCUUUAGGUCUACAUAGUUUUAAAUACAGCUGUAUCUCUAGCAGAAGUGCAGUAUAACUUUGAUUAAACACAGACUUUCCCUUCCCUUUCUCUUUAUCUGACAUUUCAGGGACAGCCUCUUUAGCCAGCUGACUAGUUGUGCUCUGUUUGUUUAAACUCCAACAUCGUCCUUCAGUGAGUGUCUCAAUAGUUCCUCAGAGAUAAGACCUUUAUGUCCAUUUAUAUCAAAGGUCACACAGUGUUUCAGAUUCAAAGAGAGUGUGUGUGUUUCCCUCCUCUGAAAAAGAAUGAUGCACCAGAACUUCGCACAGAUACUCUCAUUUUGCAAUAGUGAGAGGCUAGAGAUAGCCUUUUUAUCAGCAGUAUGCUCGAGCGACUCUUUUUAGACUUGUGGUUAUUUCCACAAGUCUAAAAAGAAUCUUAUUUUUUGUACAACAGCUUUCCUCAUACUAUCAACUGUGUCUCAAAAAAUUAUCUCCAGUUCAUCUCACAGCUGAUAGCAGAGAGUAAAGUGUCAGACUUUGGUUUGUAAUGAAGCCAGUGAUGAUCUCAUCAACUGCCACUCGGGGAAAAAAACAUGUUGCUCAACCAAGCUGUUGCAAUAAAAUGCAAUUUGCAAUCAGACAGAGCCUUGAGAGACAGUCUGCUCAGAGAGAGAAUGUGUUUUAUUCAGCCUGACGUCUCAAAGAAGUUGUGAAAUGAAUAUACAGUAGUUCUACAUAAAGGUCAUCCAUGGUUUAAGAUGUCUUGUAUCAGUGAUUUGAGGCUUGUCCCCACAUCUCUCUCUCUUUAAGGUAGAUGUGAUUCUACCUGAGUGUUUGCUAUAUCCUCACAACUAGUUACAGAUGGUUAGCUUCUGUGCCGCACAUUCAGACGGGUCGACUCCUUUUUUUUGACCUGUCUGCUCUAUACACCAGAUCAACCAUGGCAAACAUGUGUUGCAGUAGGUACAGGUGGAAUCAGUUCUUCUUUGUCUUGCUGCACCAUCUGUUAGAACACAAACAGAUGCUGUCCACAUGUUGGGAGCACCUGAGGGUUCUUCUCACUCAGUUAUCGUGCAUCUUUGCUUCUCCACUUUCCUCUUUUAAUGUUUGUGCUUAUUUCUAUUGCCUACCAUCUGCCAUUAAUAGUUUUUUUUUUUUUACAUAAUGUCAGAGAAAAUGUUGGUUUAAUCCAAGGUUAUGUCUUGACAAUGCUUGUUUUGCUUUACCAAGAAUACCAAACCCAAACAUUUUUAAUUUAUUGUCACAUUAAAAUUAACAGUAUUACCUUUAAUCAACUUUAUUAGCAAAUGAAACUAUCAACAACAAGAAUGCCUUGACUAUAAUUAUGACUGCCUGCAACCAUUGUGGUACAUUUCAAUGUUUAAGUGCAGCUUGUAGUACUUAGAAGCAAACAGACUUAAUACAAAGACAAUGCACAAUCACUGGCCACUUUAUUAGGUACACCUAUUCAAAUGCUUGCUAACAGAAAUGGCUAAUUAGCCAAUUACAUGGCAGCAACUCAGUGCAUUUAGACACGUCGAUGUGGUCAAGGCGACUUCCUGAAGUAAAACUCAGUGUUCAAACUGAUGGAGAUUUAAGUGAUUUUGAAAGUGGCAUGGGUGAUGGUGCCAGACCGGCUGGUUAGGAAAGAACAGAAAACUGAGGCCAUAAUUGGCACCGACUCAUUAAAAUGAACAGUAGAAGAUUGGAAAAAUUCUGCCUAGUCUGAUGAGUCUCAAUUUCAGCUGCAACAUUUGAAUGGUAGGGUCAGGAUUUGGCUUAAACAGCAUAAAAGCGUGAAUCCAUCCUGUAGUCACGAUGAGUGUGCAGUAAAUAUGUCAAAAUUAGUGUGCCAUUUUUAACUCAAUAUGAGGUAUUAUACGGUUGCACAGAAUGAACAAACUGUUGCUUUGUUUGAUUUUCAUGUUUUGCAUUUAGUGAAUGGCUACAAGAAAUGCAGCAGUUGGAGGUCUAAGAAAGAGAGAGAGGUUGUUAAAUCAAAAAAACAUCUUCUUUUGGGGUCCUUAAAGAAUUAAAUCCAGCAGAUUUAAAGUUCCAUUAUAAUGUAAAGUAUAAUAAUAUAUUAAUAUAUAAAUUAUAAAUAUAUUUUAUAGGUUUUUAUAGUAUUUAAAGUAGAUGUGAUAAGUGGAGAUUACCCUACACGGUUUGGGGUUAGCCCUUUAUGUUAACGAUACCUAACUGCCACUAAAAAAGCAGUGCCCUAGUUUGACCACCCUAAGUCCAAAAAGUCUGGCUUGGCCCUUGUCAUGUUACCCCGCUAAGUCUGUGUGAGAUUGAGUAUAACAUAAUUUUUUCUCUGUGCUAUCAGAAAAAAUUCACAUUUUCCUGAGAACCAAAUAAACUCUAAAUUCAGCCCUUUUAAAAGGGAAUAUAUCAGUGUAUUAAUGCACCAGACCAGUUUUGACUGACAGCAGUAUUUCACUUGAAUAAUUCUUCUUGCCUGAUUUUCAUUUCCAGCAAUAUUUCACAUAGCACAUGUGCAGUGCUGCUUAAUAUUUCACUUGAUGUGAUUGAUAUUGAGGUUGAUUUUGCUCGCACGCCUGUGUGUGAGCUUAUAUCCAGCAUACUAACUCCCCUACUGGUCUACAGUUACUGCAGUUAUCUGUAGCUUUUUAACUGAAUCUUUACACUGAUUUGAAUGAGACCAGCCACUGCUUCCUCUGAAUGAUUUCUUUUUAAUUUACCUUAUCAGUAUGCUUUUCGCUUGAACUGCCCCUCAGUAAAUGCAUGUCCUGUACUUCUUCCUACUUUAUGACUCAACCCAUUCAUAUCUCAGUUAUGCAUAUAACAUUAAUACACCAAACACCUGUCAGAUUAAACCCUUUAUUCACGAGGAGACUCUUAAGUUUGCCCAGCAACUGAUGGCUUCUCUGAGUCACAGGAGAAUGAUGAGUCAUACAUUUUGCCAUUAUUUUGAAAACUAAAGAAAAGAAACAAAUGAUGAUAACGUUAGCUCAAUACAACAUAUUUUAAUGAUAAAAACCACAAACAUGUAACAAUUUUAUGCAUAUGUCCAAACACAGAAAUCUCUUUCUCCCUUAUUGUUUUACAUACAGACACCAUAAUGAUUAUUCUAGCCUUGUGUAAUGGUCAAACAAGCCCUCAAUGGAAAGAUUACCAGAUCAAAUUGCCGCAAAAAUGUAGUUGAAAAAUUCAAAGAUUUCGGAGGUUUAAAGUAAAAUAAAUAAAUUCCAAUUGUAUCAUCCAAUUUCUACUAUCGACUUUGACUUACCAUGGAGACUCUGAUAGCUUGCUUGGCUGCUCCAUUUUAUUUUUAAGUGUAGUUUCACCCUCAUUGCAUCAUAGUGUUGACAAAUGAAUUUAACAUGCUUGACUUGCCUUCCUGCCUAUAUUUGAAAACCCUCUGACACUGCAUAUCAAAAUUCAUAAGACGUUUCUUCUCGGCAAGAUAAAGUGUAUCAGCCACUUAAACAAAGACUAUCACAGAGGGCCAUGUAUUUCGUCAUGCAUACCGAGUGAUGUGAGGUGAAUCUGUGUUACUGACACUUUAUAUAUCACAUGUCAGAGAUUGAACCCAGCAGUCACAAUGGCAGACAGCGGGAAGACUAAUGAGACUGGAGCUGCAGCAGCAGAAGCAGCAGAAGCGGCUAAUGGAGAUCAGCAGGUGAGGAGCACGGUGACCCAAAGUGACACUUGUGACAAAACCCAGACAUAAGAUGAACUCAUUUGACGCUUAGAAAUUUCUCAUGUUGUUAAGCUGCUGUGGGGAAUCAAUCAUAAUCCCUGACUAAAUUCUAUCUGCACAGAAAUGAGGUUUUCUAGUCCUCCUUUCUUUACAUGGACAGGAUUGUUAUUCACCAUCUGCAUGUCUUGUAAUGGUUGUUUUUUUUGCUCUAGAAUGUUGUUUCCAGAGUGGGCCAUUUACCUCUGGUCAGUUCAGCCUGCGAGGCAGUUUCCAGCGCAUACAGUAGCACCAAAGAGAGCGUGCCCUUGCCCAUAAAGGGAGUGAUGGAUGCAGCAGAAAGUGGGGUUCGAACCCUGGGAGCAGCCGCCACCACGGGGUCCAAGCCUCUUCUGGACAUUAUAGAACCACAGCGUAUGUUCUUCUCUGAUGUAACACAUGUGCAACGAUAGCACAGACAUUUACUCUGAAAUAUGAAUAUAAAUGAUUGCAAGCUUGUUGCACAGUAAAGAUAUGUAACUGGGGUCCACUAUCAUACAAAUAAAAUAGAUAUAUUCAAAUUGAAAACAGAUAUUGCUUUUUUUCUUGUGUUUUCAGGAGUAAAUUCUAUAUGAUCAUGAAUCUUCAAUUAUCUCUACAUUUCUGUUUCAGUUGCUACAGUGAAUGAGUACGCCUUGAAAGGACUGGGUAAGAUGGAGGAGAAGCUACCUAUUCUUCAACAACCAGCAGACAAGGUCAGAGAGAAAAUCAUUUUCCUUUGAUUACCUGCAAAAAUAUGGGAAAUGUCACCUUUAGUAAACAUUUAUUGUUUUCUGUUUUGUGUGAUAGAAUUGAACUAUUAUCACGUUAGGUCCUCUAACAGACCCUUAGACAUGUGUCAGACGGCCUGUGAUCAUUUAUACAUCUAAUGUAUCAAGAAAACCUCCGGCAAGAUUUCGUCGGCCUUCAAAAGUCUGUGUCAUGAAAACAAUACCACUCAGACUUCACAAUAUGUGAAUCACUAUGCCACAGUAUGAGAAGAUAGCAUAAAACAUGAUUUGAUACCAUAUGAUACAACACAACACAAUAGGAUAUUCAAUACCAUUUAUUGUAAUGCAAUAGAAUACAAUAUGAUACCUUGGAUUGGCAUGAUGCUUUCACUAGUCUGCCUCCGCACAAGUAUUUAUAGAUUAAAACUUAAUUACUACAUAACAUAAAUGAGUAAAAGGGUUAAAACAUUAACCUUUACACUUGUCUGUUGCACUGAUUUAUGUUGUGUAUUGUGCAGAACAUGUCCAAUAGGGGUAAUGUGGAAUAUGUCAAAGAAAGAGGUAAAAAAUAAAGGUUAAAAAGAAACCAAACCAUGGGUAAGACUGACUAUAAACAAGCAAAUACUGUAUGAGAACAGCCAUAUGAUCUUUUAAAAUGGCCAGUAUCACUCACUCAGAUCUGUACUUGUCUUCAGGCUGGUAAUAUGUCAUUCUUACUAGGGUUAUGAGAGCUUUGUGGAAAAUACAUAGCAACACCAUAACUCUCAGAAAUCUGGUAUUCCCUGCUCAGGUGGUGUCGGACACAGUAGGCAUGGUGUACCAGUCAGUUGCAGGAGCCAAAGAUGCCGUGAUGGGGGCUGUGAUGGGCGGUGUCGAGAUGACCCGGGCAGCAGUCAGCGGAGGUUUGAUGACCGCCAUGGGCACCAGGAUGGGCCAGAUGGUCAGCAGUGGGAUGGGCCUGGCGCUGAGCCGAUCUGAGGAUUGGGUUGACCAGAACCUACCGCUCACUGAGAGGGAGCUGGGUCAGUAGCUAGCCUAAAUAAUCAGUCCACGAAACCCAGGGGAGGCGAUAAACCCAUAUGUCUACUUUGAGGUAAAGACAGGUGUGAUAUAACAGUUGGGUCAAAUGAAGCUGAAACAAUAAUGCAGUUUGAAUUAAUUUUGGAAAACGAGUGGCCUUUUUGCCAAGUUUUGAUGAAAGGUGACUGUAAAUGAGUCAAGUACAUUCACUCUCUCUAAUCCUGGAGAACAAGUAUCAUAAAAUGUAGUUUUAAGGCCUCAACACUCAGUUAGGGAAGUAUUCAACACAAUAAAUAUGGUGCAUACUGUAUGUUGAAGAUAUGUAGAAAAAUACUGAGCAUUUGACACGUUAGCUCUUUCUGAACUAUUCAUGAAAAUCUAAUGCUUUUCACUUAAAUGCAGGAAUGCUAAAUGACACUUAAGAGCUACCUACGUACUUGGUGCUGUCUAAAGAUUUCUUGACAUGAUUCUAGUAAUUUUGAAUGGAUCAGAAUGAUGAUUUUGUUUCUAUAAUGGAAUUUUAAUUUUGAUAUAAGGUCAUAUUGUCAUUAUUCAUAGAAGUAGAGAUCUACAGCACCAGCUUCUUCCCAUUUCAUCAUUUUUUGCUGCUUUACAUCAGAUUUUAUAAAUACUUACAAUGAAAAGAUAAAUUGGAAAAAUUACUCAGCUUCACAUUGGUGUAUAAAAAAUUCAUGACAGUCUUACAACAUUCAUCUCAGUGAAGAAUUUACAUUCCUAUAGUUAUGGAUUAAGGGGUUGUGUAUGGAGUUGAAGCACAUUUCUUUGCCUUACAUUACUCCAAGAUUAGGAUCAUACCUUUCAAACUGUAGCUUUGAUGCCUUUUUAAUAAAGCUUUAUUUAUUCCAUAAUUAAAAUGCCUGAAUGAUGGCAUUUACACUAUUUGACGUUGUCUUGUAGUGUCAGCUACCGACGCUGUAUACUGAUCUGUAUAUCAAACAGCAAAUGUGAUGAGAAUGUCAGAAUAAAUCAUCAUCACGAAGGCAGGAGCAGGUGAUCUACAUGAUUAAACAGUUGUACCACAUGAUCUGAGCACAUGAAUGGUCCAUGCUAUUCAUAGAGGUGUAGGCAGGACAUUCCAGUGAACCUCCCUCUGUGAACUUGGCCCAUAAAGCACCUACACUUUCCAGCACUCACAGCUCUGACACCUGCUACUGUGAUGUCAUGUUAUGGUGACAACCUGCCACACUCCAGUAAAGCUGUAUUACUCAACAGGGCAUCCUCCUCUCUUAUUUUAGACGCUAAAAAAUGCGACUUAAUUGCAGUAGUAGUCAGCCUAUUAGAUUCACCAAAGUGGCUUUUAAUGCGGGAACAGAGAGAAAAAAGUCACUGUUUAAAACCCUUAACUUUCACAUAAUGAUGACUGGAGUCGUGAGGUAGUAAUAGAGUCUUUUUACCUCUUGAGCAGAUGUUCUGUAACACUAAGGAGCUCCAACAGAUGCUCCAGCUGCAAAGUGGGAAGUAACCAAUUAUGCCUCAAUCGAUCAGUGAAACAUGCCCACAAGUUAAUGCCACAAAUAAUGCUAAAUUUCCUGUACAUUGUUCCUCAUGUAGGUAAAAUCCAAAGACAAAUGAAUAGAUCAACAACACUGAAAUAUUGUGUUCUCACAACUGAGAGUUAAAAAUCUAAUAGUUAAAGACAUAUUUGUAAAUAGUCCCUAAAUGACACAGACAUGUAUAUAAUUUUUAAUGAAUUACAUGAACACUUUUCUCUUCUAGCUGCCUUGUCUGAGCCUGCAACAGGUGAGGUGACUGCAUCAUCAGCCAGCCCCAGCUACUUCGUCCGUCUUGGGAAACUCUCUACCAAGGUCCAGGAGCGAGCCCUGCAGCAGUCCCUGGUCCGAGCAAGGAAUGCCAGGGAUGCAACCUAUGCUGCAGUUUCUCAGAUUACCAGUACCUUGGACCUGCUAGAGAGCGCCCGCACCAGUCUAGGCACUGCCAGUAACCAGAUAGGAGGAGCCUCAGAACAGCUGCUGCAGCGCUGGACAGAGUGGAAACAGAAGCAGCCUGAAGCAGGACAGACCCAGUCAGAACCAGACGGAACCAAAGAUGAGGCCGAGGUCAGGGCUGGGAAUGGGCUUAUUGGUUUUUGACAACAUUAUCCUGGCAUUUAAAAUAUGUACAGUUCAUAAACCAACAGUCUACCUGCAGAAUGUGACUUUGAGUACUACUGUAAAGAGUCAAAGAAACAUUUUAGUAUCAGUAAAGUGGAAAAGAACAAAGGAGUCAUGAAAUAAAAUCAGUGUCACAUUAUAGACUUACUCUGUGUUAUAAUGGCUCUGCUGGUUUAUGUGAGAUAGGAGUGAUUAAAGAAGCUGUGGAUUAUAAUGAGUGCUUAGCACAACUUAGGGAACUGCCUUGGAUAAAGGCAAUAAAAAGACUCUGUAAGAUCUUAGACAUUAAAGCGUCACAACCAUAUGUCAUUUAAUAUGCAAUUAUUUGUCAAUUGAGGGUAUUUUUGUUUUCUUUUACAGCAGCUUGAAUGGCGCACCCUCUCCAUGGUGCGUGGCCUGAGCGAUCAGCUGAUGACAGCAUGCUCCAGUGUGGUGUCAAGCGCUCAGGGUCUGCCAGGUGCUGUCCAGGACCAGCUGACCCAUGCCAAGCAAUCAGCUGAGGAGCUGCGCACUUCUCUGGGGAACACCAGCAGCAUCACACCCAUCCUUCUGGAGCGAAGUCGGCACCAGCUGACCCAAGUACUAAUUACACCAUGCUGUUGUUAGCGCAAUGAUGUUGUUUUGCUUCAUCAGCUUGGCUAAAUAUAGUCCAGUGCUUUGAGUUUUGUUUUCGUUUUGCAGUACCAUCACUUAGCACAGUUAGGGCUUCUAUUAUGUUUUUAUUGGUGCAUAAAUGAGAUCCUCAGAGCCUUAAUGAACAGGAAUUAAAUAAGAUACUCCUGUAUACACCUCAUACACAAACAUUCAUUCUCAGGGGUGUAUGCUCAUGAAUAUGCAUUUAUGAAACUAGGGCAGUUGUGAUGAGUAAUGAGCAUAGUACCUCAAAAAACCUCAGAACAUUUUGAAUUGAAGUAUUUAUUGUUAUGUUUAUGAUUUAGAUAUGUAAAAUAAUACUACAUGUUCUUAUUUUCAGGUCCAAAAGUCUCUGGAUGGUGUCAUGGAAUAUCUACUGAACAACACACCCCUCAACUGGCUCGUGGGACCAUUUGCCCCUCAGAUCACUGAAAGGGCAGAGGAAGAUGUAAAGAUGGAGCACAGUGGACCACAGACUUGAAGAUUUGCUUGUCUUUUUCCAUGAGUUGUGAUCGAUGUGACAUGAUACGAGAUAUUAUAACUUUGUUCUUGCUGUCUCUUCACAUUCAUUUAGUCAUGUUUUCUUCAUGCUGCACUUAAUUUGAACUUUGUUGAUUGCACUACCAUUUUAAAUGAGAAGUUAAUUAACUUUGAUUUAGACUAAAAGCUCUAACUUUUUGCCCAAAGACAUUUAUUUACUGUGGUUUUACAUGCAUGUAUGUAUAUGUUUGCAUGAUAGGGGAGAGUGGGGUAAGUUGAGCUAAAGGGUAGGUUGAGCCACCCCCUGUUGCUUAGAAAUGGUAAAAGAAAUUGAUCAUAUGACCAAAUAGUAAAGAGAUCAUCAAUUCAUGGAGUCUGUGAAGGUUAGAAGCACAUGGGUGAAGGGGUUAGACAUUUAUUUACAAAAAACACAUUUUUUACUAUUGAAAGUGAAUUUAGUCUGUCAUAAGUUUUAUUAGAAUUGUGUUCAGACCAAAAAAGAUCAUUUUAAAUUUGUUUUAUGCAUCAAUUGUGGUAGCCAUGAGCUACAACAUGAGGUCAACAACCUAGCAUAAAAGUCCACCAUUUUAGCUUAGAGGACCAAUAAAGUCAUCAUAGUAGUCCUGGGGUAAGUUGAGCCAGUAGCUCAACUGAGAAAGUAAAGGAGUCUGAUGAGAAGACUAGAGUUACAGUUCAGUUUGUUGAAAUGUGUUACUUUUUCUUUUCAAAAAUACAGCUGUGAAUGUUCUGAAUCACUUAAAGACAUUCUCAUGUUAAAUGGCUUUUUACAAAACAGCUUUAUGGCAGUUAUAUGCAAUAAUAAUUAAAAUAAUUAUUGUACCAGUUGAAUAGUGUAUGAUAGAUAAAAAUACACAUGAAUGUGAAGAAGUUAUUUAGAUAGAGAGAAGGUGAGGGAGGGCUGGGGUGGAGAGUGGGGAGGUAGUAGGGAUACGACUCAACUUACCCUGCUCCUAAAGUCAACUUACCCCAUACACGAGGUAAGUUGACCAUAGGAGACGACUUUUUUUGGCAUACUAUAUUAUCAAGACAGUUAUGCUUACACUCGUUCUGUUGGUUUGCAGACAUAUGCAGACACACUAGUUAGAGAAAAAAACUAUGAUUGACUUGAUGUAGUGAUCCGAAAUAUGAAAAUGGUUCAUCUUACCCCACUCUCCUCUAUGUGCCAAUUCUUAUGUUAAAGACAGUCUGUAAGUGCCUUAAAGAUUUCAAAUAAUAAAAACAAAGAUGAGGGGUGGUCUGGUGAGAACAAGAUGUACGCAGAAAUGCAUCUUGAUUGAGAUAAUUGGUGGUGUUUAACAUUUCACAUCAGAAUUUCAGUAUUUUGAGAGUCUUAUAGAAACA